CUUCAUUAUCAUAUAGUUGAAUAUACAGAAAUUCACAUACUCUCUCUCAAAUAUUCAUCUGGUAUCAGAGCCUUUUCAGGGCAUUUUCUUUUUCGGCCAACCCUAGCCAUGGUUACCACCACAUCAAACCCGUCCAUCUCUGCUCCUAUCAGCAACCCACCACCCAUCGUUCCAAUUUUUACCCCGACAGUUGUCACUACGCCCACAACCGAUGACACAGCUUCCUCCCGAACCAUAUCUGAUUUUCCUUCCUCAUCUGCUUCUACUCUGCCCACAAAUAACCUUCAACAAGCUCAUCAUUUCAUCUCUCUGAAACUUACAUCCAAAAAUUAUCUAUUUUGGCAUACCCAAAUGAUUCCCUUUCUUCGUGGACAAGGCCUUCUUGGUUAUGUUGAUGGCAGUUCUAUCUGCCCUGCUCCAUUUCUCCCGUCUCCCACUGAUCCAAGCAUGUCCCUCCCAAAUCCGGCCUACUCGGUCUGGCACCAACAAGAUCAAUCUAUCCUAUCGAUGUUGAUUUCCUCUCUCUCUGAUGAGACCAUGUAUCUCGCAGUCGGUCACUCCACUUCCCGAUCUAUAUGGCAGGCUAUUGAAUUGGCUUUAGCAUCUACUACUCGAGCUCGUGCUCUAGGGCUUCUCACACAACUCCAAUCUCUUAAGCAAGGAGAUUCUACUCCUUCUGCAUAUCUUGGCAAAGCUCGGGUGCUUAUAGGUGAUCUUGCUCUUGCUGGUCGUCCUGUUUCACUGGAUGAGCAAAAUCUCUACAUAUUCCGUGGAUUACGAUCUGAUUACAGAUCCAUGAUUUCAUCUCUUACCACAAGAGGAACUCCUGCUACCAUUGAUGAAAUUAGUGAUUUUCUCACCACUCAUCACUUCAUAUAUGAUGAUGACCAAUUUCUUCCAAGUGCCGACUCUACUGCUCCACCUCAGGCUUUUCAGGUUCAACGUCAUGGCUACGAUAAUACUCGUGGUCGUGGUUUUGGUGGUAAUCGUGGUCAGCGUGGUAGGGGUCAGCGUGGUCGUGGACGGGGCACCUCCAUUCGCUGUCAAAUAUGCAACAACCCGGGCCAUACUGCCUCUUCUUGCUAUCGCAGAUACAAUGAUGGUCCAGCCUCUGCUCAACCGGGUUUACUUCCUAUCCCUGCUCAUCUCUCCCAGUCACAAGGACUUCAACAUCAGUCCCCCAUGGGUCAUGCUAAUAUCGCUUAUCCCUCGGAUGAUAUGGCUAAUGCUCCUUUCUCUCAACACUGGUUUCCAGACACAGGAGCAUCUCAUCAUGCCACUCCAAACCUCAACUCACUUCAGAAAUUUGAGGAGUACAAUGGUUCUGACACUCUUCGUGUUGGGGAUGGUACAGGAUCUCAGCACCAAGACCAUCCUUCUCAAGGGCGUCAGUAGAGACGGACUCUAUCAAUUUUCUGUCCCAUCUCCAGUUGCUUAUCUUUCUGCACGUGCAUCUCCUGAAAUAUGGCAUCAUCGUCUUGGUCAUCCACAUGUUCAAGUUCUUCGUCGGGCUCUUAAUCAUUGUCCAGUCUCUGGUUCAUUUGAUAUUUUGAAUAAGCAUUUAUGUAGUGCAUGCCAACUUGGCAAGUCGUCUCGUUUUUCAUUACCGCGUCUUAGUGAGUCUAGUCAACAUGUCUUAGAUCUUGUGUACUCAGAUAUUUGGGGACCAUCUCCCUACUUGUCUAAUGAAGGUUAUCGUUACUUUGUUAUAUUUGUGGAUGAUUUUUCCCGGUAUAUUUGGUUUUAUCCAAUGAAACAAAAAUCUGAUCUUCAUGUUAUAUUUCCACAAUUUCAUGCACUGGUUGAACGUCUUUUCUCAUGUAAAAUGAAGUCAUUUCAGUCGGACCUUGGCGGUGAGUAUCGCAAGUUACGCAAAACACUACUCACUCUCGGUAUCAAUCACCGCCAAUCGUGUGCACAUACUCAUGCUCAAAAUGGGCGCGUUGAACGACGCCAUCGGCACGUGGUUGAAACAGGGCUUACUUUACUUGCACAUGCCUCUGUUCAUCCUCGUUUUUGGUCAUAUGCGUUUGAAACCGCUACCUAUCUCAUCAAUAGAAUGCCUACCUCCACUUUACACAACGACAGUCCCUAUUCCCUUUUGUUUCAAAAACAACCUAAUUAUUCCUUUCUUCGGUCUUUUGGGUGUUUAUGCUUUCCUUACUUACGCCCCUAUAAUCAACACAAAGUCAAUUUUCGAUCCUCUCGUUGUGUGUUUCUUGGGUAUCCUAGUUCGUUUAGUGGGUAUAGGUGUUUGGACUUAAAUACUGGAAAAAUCUUUAUAGCCCGUAUUGUUCGAUUUGAUGAAAACUGUUUUCCCUUGUCACAGGCUUCUCAAUUGCAGGCCACUCCUCCCAGUACUCAGACUUCCUCCCCAUGGUGCAUAUGUACCCUACCAGGUUGCUCGCGUGUGCAUCAAUCAUCUCAGCCAGAAUCAUCCUCACCCGGUCCACAACAUUUAUUAGCUCCUACUGCUGCAACUCGUCCACCCUCAUCUUCCAACCGACAUCCCCCUGCCUCCCGACCUCACCGUACCCACCAUAUGGUUCUUCGUCAUAUGACACGUUCUAUAGCCCCUACUGCCAACCUCACUACCACACCAACUUCUGAACCUACUUGCUUCACCCAGGCAGUAAAAUCAGCAGUGUGGCGUCAGGCCAUGGAUACUGAGUUCAAUGCUUUACUUGCCAAUCAAACAUGGGAAUUAAUUCCUCCAACACCUUCUAUGAAUAUCAUUGGAUGUAAAUGGGUGUUCCGCAUCAAGCAUAAAGCCGAUGGGACUAUUGAUAGAUACAAGGCCCGACUUGUGGCUAAGGGAUUCAAUCAAAUUGAAGGAGAAGACUAUUCUGAAACAUUCAGUCCCGUAGUUAAACCUACUACGGUUCGGUUGAUUCUUGCACUUGCAGUUACUAAAGGCUGGAAUAUUAGCCAGCUUGAUGUUCAUAAUGCCUUCCUCAAUGGGCACCUUAUGGAAACUGUCUAUAUGAGACAGCCCCCGGGCUAUGUUCUUUCUACAGCGCCCAAUCACGUUUGUCGUCUUCGGCGCUCACUUUAUGGUCUUAAGCAAGCCCCUCGGGCGUGGUAUCAACGUCUCCUUGACUAUCUCUUAUCUAUUGGUUUUCGUGCUUCUAAAACUGAUGUAUCUCUAUUUAUUUACACUCACGAUCAUGACAUGGUAUUUCUCCUUGUAUAUGUUGAUGAUAUUCUUGUCACCGGCAAUAAUGCUUCUCUUAUAGCCACCAUUAUUGGCAAACUCAGUCGUACUUUCAAAAUUCGUGAUUUGGGGCGCUUAUCUUUUUUUCUUGGAAUUGAGGCCAUUUCCCAGGACGGUGGCAUCUUACUGUCUCAGAGAAAGUACCUUGAAGACAUUAUUCAUCGAGCUGGUCUUGAUAAUUGCAAGCCCGUGGCUACUCCAUUUUCUGUCACCGAUAAGCUUACUGCUGCUUCCGGUACUCCUCUUCCCGAUGCCCGUCAAUAUCGCAUGUUAGCUGGAGCUUUACAGUAUGCCACCAUCACAAGGCCUGAUCUUAGUUUUGCUGUAAACAAAAUUUGUCAAUACAUGCACGCACCCACAGAUGUUCACUGGAAGACUCUAAAACGCAUUCUUCGUUAUGUGAAAUCUACUUCUCAUUUUGGCUUACGUUUCACUCCUUCUCCUUCAUUUGACAUUCAUGCAUUUUCCGACUCCGACUGGGCCGGUUGCCUUGAUGAUCGCAAGUCUACUAGUGGGUAUGCUGUCUUUGUUGGAUCCAAUCUGAUCUCUUGGGUAUCAAGAAAACAGAAAACUGUAGCACGCUCCUCAACUGAAGCGGAGUACAAAGCCAUUGCCGAUGUCACCGCGGAAGUUAUUUGGGUAGUCUCUCUUUUGCGUGAGCUUGGUCUGUCUCUGCCUCAUUCUCCUCGCCUAUGGUGUGACAACUUGGGCGCCACCUAUAUGUGUGUCAAUCCUAUAUUUCAUGCACGGACAAAGCAUGUGGAAAUCGAUUAUCAUUUUGUUCGGGACUUAGUAGCAAAAGGAGCAAUUCAUGUUCGGUUUCUCUCUACCAAGGACCAAUUAGCAGACGUAUUUACAAAACCUCUCUCUGCCUCCCGUUUUGCCUUUCUUCGAGACAAGCUUCAAGUUGUCCCUAGGGAACUUUCAGCUUGAGAGGGGAGUAUUAGGAGUAUAGCAUGUAUAUGACUCUUACCGAUAAAGUUUUAGAUAAACUAUCCUCCUGUAGAUCCUAUUUAGUCUCUAGUUGGUUAGCUGAUCGUAUGUAUAUAUAUCACUCAUGUACUUCAUUAUCAUAUAGUUGAAUAUACAGAAAUUCACAUACUCUCUCUCAAAUAUUCAUCGUACUCAGGUUGCAUGACUCGCAU